AUGGAACCAAGGAACUAUACAUGGCUUGUGGAAUUCCUUCUCCUAGGAUUCUCAGAGGACCCAGCACUGCAGCUUAUUAUAUUUGGGCUGUUCCUCUGCAUGUAUGUGAUUUGUGUCAUUGGGAACCUGCUCAUCAUCCUGGCCAUCUUGUCAGCCACCCACCUGCACACACCCAUGUACUUCUUCCUCUCCAACCUGUCCUUCUCUGACAUCUGCUUCACCACCACCACCAUCCCCAAGAUGCUGGUGAACAUCCAGGUUCAGAGCAGAUCCAUCAGCUAUGCAGGCUGCAUCACACAGAUGUUCUUCUUUAUGGUAUUUGGAGGUCUGGAUAAUUUCCUUCUGACAGUGAUGGCCUAUGACCGAUUUGUGGCCAUUUGUCACCCCCUGCACUACACGGUCAUCAUGAAUCCCCGGCUCUGUGUGCAGCUCGUUUUAUUGUGCUUGACCAUCAGUGUUUUGCAUGCCUUGUUACACAGCCUGUUGGUGCUGAGGCUGAGCUUCAGCACAUACGUGGAAAUCCCUCACUUUUUUUGUGAGUUGAAUCAGGUGAUCCACAGAGGCAAUUCUGACACCUUUCUCAAUGAUCUCAUGAUAGAUUUUGCAGCAGUCCUGCUGUUCUGCGGUCCCCUGGCUGGGAUCCUGUACUCUUACUCCAAGAUCAUCUCCUCCAUCCGAGCCAUCUCGUCAGCUCAGGGCAAGUAUAAAGCCUUUUCCACCUGUGCCUCUCAUCUCUUGACUAUCUCCCUAUUUUAUGGCACAAUCAUAGGUGUGUACCUCAGUGCCAGUGCUGCCCCAAGUUCAGCCUCAACUGCAGCAGCCUCAGUGAUGUACACCGUGGUGACCCCCAUGCUGAACCCCUUCAUCUACAGUCUGAGGAAUAAUGAUAUCCAGAGGGCUGUGAAAAUACCUUUAAGGCAUAUUGUCCAAGGGCGUUGUGCAAGUCAUUCCCACAAAUCAGGUCUAUAA